CAAUAUAUAUCAUUUAUCUUUCAAAAAGUAUAAAAACAGCGCAAAUUUGGAAAAAAAUCUCAGUGUUGUUUCUUUCAAAUAAUUUGCUAAAAGUCUCCAAAAGUUGAGUUCGUACUUAGAAAUUGAAAAGUGCUUGUAGUAUUUUAUUCAAUAUUAACUAAAUCAAUACUUUAGUAAAAAUGCUAUGUCGGUUCAUCCGUCGGUGUCUCCCGUCAUCUUUUCAAACUUUGAGAACAGCGGCAACUACAAAUUUGAAAUGUCUCAGAAGAUACAACAUUCAUAUAACUCCGUCAUCCCACGUUACCAUUACCAACACAGUACGAUCAUAUUCAACACCAGUAAACGUUGAGGAAUUAACAGUUGAUUAUAAUUAUGUGAAAAAGGCAACUACUAAGGACAGUACUCUUAUAAUUGAUGUAAGGGAGCCUGAUGAAAUCAAAGAACAUGGGAAGAUUCCAAACAGUGUCAACAUCCCACUGGGUAAUGUGACACCAGUGCUGGGAACAAUGCCUGAUAAAGAAUUUGAAGCCACCUACAAAAGGCCCAAGCCUGCUGAAGAUACAGAAAUUAUAUUUUACUGUAUGAUUGGAAAGAGGUCAGGCAUGGCACAACAGAAUGCUAUCAAUUUGGGAUUUAAAAAUGCCAAGAACUACCUCGGUAGUUGGACAGACUGGGCGAGCAAAACCCAGUGAAUCAGCUCAAAUAUGUUGGUAAUGGUUAACUUGUCCUUGACAUAUUUAUUGCUUUUAGUUGGUUUUGUCAAAUUAGAAAAAUGUUAUGUUCCUUAUUAUUUGUGGUAAACAAUAAAUUGAUUUUAUUUCUAUUA